AUGGAUGUCGCCGUCUUUGUCCCAACUCCUCCCUCGCCUUUGGACCCGGCCAGCCGGCUAUCCAACGGCAAUAUUAACAAUAUGGCCGACGCCCGACGACGGAAAAUGAAUUCUUUUGCUCGGCGCCAUCAGUACAAAGUAUUUUCCGACGCUGCGGUUUUCCGAAGGAUGGUCUGGGGCACCACCCACACUUUGCCACAUUGCCACCGAGACGGCGAAUCCUCCGCACCGGCGAACAUCGACCCCUUGCUCGGCGGUCAAGAUCCGUCCGACCUCGGAAAGUCUCCAUUGCUUAUCGGUGCACCGGCGUGGGCGAGCAACCUCUCAGAUGCCGCCUCGACACUCAACAUGGUCCCCAUGCCUACAGCUACUUCAGUUCCGGCAGUGGACGGACUGGUCUCCGUGCAGGAGGCGGUCAUGGCCGCGGCGCAGGGCGAGCGCAGCGCCGUGGAAGGCGACGGCCUCUUUACGCUCAAGAACACCACGAGCAUCGUGACGGGAGGUGCUCGUGGGAUUGGGCUGACGCUGGCAGCUGCGUUGCUCGAGGCUGGUUCGCACGUCGUAUGCAUGGAUCUGCUCGACGAGCCGACCACGGCAGCUGACUGGCUCAUGUUCAAGGCGCGCGCCAAAGAGCUCAAGCUCAGCGCAUCCUACGUGCAGGCCGACAUCACCAACGCGCCCGCGGUCAACGAGAUCAUCACCGAGAUCGCCCAGCUCGCCGCCGACGCCGCCCGACCCUUCACCACGGUCGUCCACGCCGCCGGAGUCCAGAAGCAGGGCCCCGUGCUUGACUUUGACCCAGCUCACUUUGACUGGGUACUUCGUGUCAACGUCACAGGCACAUUCAUUGUCACGCAGGCCGCAGCUCGCGCGAUGAAGCACCAUGCCACGGGCGGAAGCAUCAUCCUGAUCGCCUCCAUGUCCGGCUACGUCUCCAACCGCGGCCUCUUCGGAACGGCGUACAACUCUUCCAAGGCGGCAGUGCAUCAGCUGUGUCGUUGCGCCGCCGUUGAGCUGGCCGAACACAAGAUCCGCGUCAACACCAUCAGCCCCGGAUACGUCAACACACAGAUGGUCGAACAGCUGCUUGCCAAGGAGCCGCAUCUGCUCGAGCAGUGGACCAACGAUAACCCCAUGCACCGCAUCGGCGAGCCGAGCGAGUUCAAGGGCGCCGCUGUCUUCCUCGCCAGCGAAGCUAGCAGCUUCAUGACGGGAAGUGACAUGCGCAUCGAUGGCGGCCACUGCGCUUGGUAG